AUGACUAAAAUGAAGCACGAAUUAGCAGAUUUAAGAAAUCAAAGUAUUAUAUUUAAUCGAUCAUCUUUUGUUGAUCCAUCAAAUAAAAUAUUAUUAACAAGAAAAAAUAUUUCUGGAAAAUUAUGCUUAUCAUAUGAUGAACAAUGUCAAAUACUUGAAUAUAUUAAUUUUAUAUCUAAUAUGACAAUACUUCUAUUUGGAAGUUAUUCAAUAUACGUUUAUGGCAUCGGAACACAUCAUGGUCUUGCGUAUCGGUUAUUUUUUUUCAUAUGUAAAUUAUUUACUAUAAUUGCAUCGAUAUGGUUAAAUCUUCAUUUUAAAAAAGGCUUACCAAGCGAUAUAUUUUUAUACAUAUGGAUUGAUAUUACUUGUGUUGUAUCAAUAUAUCGUAGUUUACGUCAAAUAAUCUGA